AAGACUAUAAAACUGUGUUCGUGAAAAACAGAAGUGCAUAAGCACAGGCAACAUAAUUCCUCCGAGAUGCAGGGAAACGUGUUAUUGGUGGUCACUUUGUUUUGUCUUGGUGUUCAAGGCGGGGACUACUUCGACUGCGGUCGACAAGGUCAGGACUGCGCUAACGGUCAGGCGUGUCAGGCAGACGGCAACUGCGACUGCAAAACUCCGUACAGCGGCCACGACUGUAUACUGCAGGAUGAUGACAAGAGUGCAGCCCCGUGUACCAGUAUAACUGAUUCGUGUGGCUCCGAUGGCGGACUCUGCUAUAAAAAGGGAGGAGAUAAGGCCUGUUACUGUCCACCUGCCUCGGUUGGAGCCCAGUGCGAACUCAAGCGAUAUGACGUGCAAUGUUUGGCGUCGUCAAUGAAGAUCAAGUUGCUUCCAGCUGGAACAUUCAGCGGCGUCGUCUACGUUAAUGGUCAAAGGGACGUGGCAGGCUGUAAAACCACAGAGACGAGUGCAUCAGGAUAUCUGGAACUGGACUUACAGGACUCAGCCUGUGGUGGAAUGAUCUCCGACACGAAUACCGGUGCCCGGUCUCGAGCCGUGAUCGUGCAGUACAACAGUAAAUACGUCACCAACCUGGACACCAAGGUGACAGUCACAUGUCGAAAUGAAGCAGGCACAGUUGAGGUGACGCAGACCUUCUCCAGCGAAAACAGUAAUGGAAACAUCCAUGAACAGAAUAUCAACAGUAGCGUUGACAUCGACUCAUCAGCUGUAGAAUUUGAAAUCAAGCAGAAGGACGGGACCCCUGUCUCAAGCUCCACCGCUGUGUCUUUAGAUGACCAGCUCACCUUUGAGUUUGUCGGAAAACAAACGUGCACCUAUAAAGAGUACCUGGAUAAAUACGGCCCACAAAUAAGUAAUGGAAUAGACGUCACAAGCAUAGAUCUAGCGUCAUGCAAGGCAGCUUGUUCCAGUGAUCCCACCUGUGCCUCCAUUGAUUUCUCCUUCCUUGGGUCUGCUCUCAAAGUGAGGUGCAGAAAAUACAAUGAAUCGAUUGUUGACAGACUCCAAACUCAAUAUAUCUACCAUUUUGUUAAAGAUUGUAUUUCAGGUGGUAAUUCAUGCCGGUUCCAAAGUUAUCCUCAUAAACAAGGUCCUGUUGAUGUUAAAUACGAAUUGGUGGGUGAUCUGACUCAAUGCAAAGAAAAGUGUGAGAGUGAUUCCAACUGCACUGCGCUUAACUUCAAUCAAGCCGGCUAUAUGGCACUGUGUGCAAUAUACACCAGAGUCAUUGUCAACUUAACUGACAUCUAUCUCAACCAUUAUACGAAAGAGUGUUUACAGGAUGAUGCAAUCAGAGUAGAGUCAUGUACGGCAUCUAACGGUCAAUCGGGUGACGAUCAGGAGACUCUGAAGCUCAUUGAUCAUAGCUGUCCGUCGAGUGAGGCGGGAAAACUGAUGGAAGAAUCUCCAACUAAAGUGACUAACACCACAGUUACAUUCAAACUGCACCCAUUCAAGUUCAACAAAGUCAACGCAAUCACAGUAACCUGCACGGUCAAAGUGUGCCCCACUGGAACUGCCGCGCAGUGUGAUGCCCUUGACUGCAGUGGCCAGACUCGUCGGAAACGAAGAUCGGCAGAAAUCUCAGAUGUAACCAUUAGAAAGACUUUCAUCAUCCUGGAUCCAAAUCUCGAGUUGACAAGAACUCAUGACUCUUCGAAGGAAUCCUCUGUUUCUGUGGAUGACAUCACAACCCCGAUUGUGGCUGGUGUUGCCAUGGUGAUCAUUCUGCUGCUUGUCAUCAGCAUUGUGGUCUUGCUGGUUGUCAAGAAGAGAAGGACCAACCGGAAGUCACAGGAAGAUGGCGUCAACAAGCAGAAGAUUUAAUCAACCAAUCAGCUAACAGGCGAAACAUGUCUGAUUGUCGUAGAAGACAGCCGAGAGAACAGCGCUAGUUUAAACAUAUAUAGACUGUAUUUAGAGGACUUUCUUAAAUAUCUAUUUGUUUUUCAUUCGUUUCACCGUCUUUUGCUAUCAAAUCCUUGUAAGUCAAACUUAAUUUAACGAUGAUAAAAAAUAUACUAUAUAUAUAUGUUAAAAGAUUUCAAGUAAGAAUCAAAUGACGAUGCUUGAAAACAUCAAAGUAAAAGCAACUACAGAUAUGAGCUGUUGAACCUUUUUCUGAUAUUAAUAUUGAAAAUAUUGUUUAAAAAAAUUACGUUUAAAAACUACGUAAGACCUUUACUUUCAUUUCUUUGAACGUUGAUGGGUGGGGCAUGUACAUGGCACCGUUGACAGGGAUGGCUACAUUGUGUUUGGUUUAACACCACUAGAACACAUUGAUUUAUUAAUCAUCAGUAUUGGAUGUUAAACAUUUGAUGAUUCUGGUAUUUAGUAAUUCUGACAUUUAGUCUUCAAUGGAAUCUUGCUACGUUUUUCAGUUAGCAUCAAGGGCAUUUUUAUACGCACUUUCCCAGUCAGAAUAACACUUAACACGGUCUUUGAUAUUACUUUCGAGGUUUUAAUAAAUAACUGACAGAAGGAGGUGGAGGGAGAGGUGGCACUGAGAUUCCCUCCCAAUCUGAAGAUAAUGCAUUGUUCUACCCCAUCCCACUUGAAAAAUAAAAAUAAUAUAUCACUACCCAUCACCAACCACAGUUAUUGUCAUCUUUCGACGCCUAUGCCAUGGACCUGAUCAACUUAAUUAAUUUUCGAUCGACAAAAUUUUGACUUACAGGUUUUUCAAAUAGCACCAAUUUUAUUUUAUAUAAUCCAGAAUUUAUAACACUUUUUGUGUAACUCAUUUCAAUAAAUAGUUCAGCUUU